AUGGCAUCUUCUUCAUCACCUACACCUGUUUUUACUAAAGCUGUAACUGGUCAAGAUGAUUCAGCACCUUCACCUAUUCAAAGACAACGUCAACAAUAUCAAAAUCCGACUAGAACAGCUUAUUCUCAUUUAUCGGACGAUGAUGAUGAUGGUGAUGGUGAUGAUGAUAGUAGCGAGAAUGAUGAUAUAAUUGAAGCAUUAGAUAAACAUCCAUCAUCAUCUGCCUUGCAUGAAGUCAAUGAUGCUCUUAUGGGUGUACUUAAAUCACAUGUUGAAUUGAUAGUUCAACAUUCAUCACCAACUACAUCUUCUAAACAAGCCACUCAGGAAGAAUAUAAUGAAAUAAAUACUAUUAUUGAAAAUACUAAAAUUGCAUUACCCACUAUGCAUAGAUUAAUUCAACAAAAUCCACUUAUUUCACCGUAUACACAAUCAUCUCAAACAUCAAUAGGUGAUGGGAAAGGUGCAUCAAGUUUAAUUUCAACACCAUUAUUACCUCCACUAACUACAUCAACAAUGCCUUUUGUUCAAUCUCCACUUCCACCUCCCAAAACUUGUACACCAUCUCGUUCAUCUGAAACAAAUGAAGUUGUUAUCUAUCCAUCGUCGAUCAGCUUAAAAGGUCUUCUAUCCUAUCAAGAUGUAUUGAAUGCAAUUGAACGUGAAUUUCAUUUACAUGAAGGUCAAGAACGUGAAAUAAUUAUGAAAUUAUGGUUAAAAGGCCAAACAAUGAUAUCUAUUUUACAACGGUAUAGACAUUUAUUACAAGAUCUUAAUUUAGAUGAUGAAGAUUUUUUAGGUGGAAUGAAGCAUAUACGGGAAAUGAUUAAUUAUGGUGAUCGUGAUGUUCAAUAUCUUCGUGAACAAGCAAUAAUGCUUGAAAAUCAAAAUCAUUUUCUUGAAAAUGAAUUUCAUAGACAAUUAGAUAAACUUGUCAUGGAAAAAAAUGAACAAAUUAGUCGAUUAAUUCAAAUUAUUGAUCAAACUUGUCCACCACCAACAGAAUAUACAGAUCGUGUUAGUGAUCUUACACAGUCAUCAGGAAAUCAAGAUCUUGCUACACAAAAAUUUAUGCAACAAAAUGUUGAAUUACAACGUCAAUUAGAAACUCUUCGUGCUAAACUUGAAUAUACAUUUACAUUACUUAAUGAAAAAUUAGAUCAACAUACUGGAUCAGCAACAUCAUCAAUAAUUCAAGUAGCUAUUCAACAAAUGCGACAAUCUGAUAUAAAAAUACAAGAACUUCAAUUAAAAUUUGCUUCUCAACAAGAAGAAAAUGAUCUAUUAAAAUAUUUAAGUCAUAAUUCAAUUAGAGAAAUGGAUAAAUCUCAACGUUCAUCAAAUCUUGAUGCAACACAAUUAUUUAGUGUUAUUGAACAACGUUCACUUGAACGUGAAAUAAGUCGUGUUCGUCAUGAACUUGAAUUAACAGAAAAAAAACUAACUGAACUUGAACAACGAUUUGAAAAUUCUGAUGAAACUGUUAAAUUUAAUAUUGAAAGUCUUAAAUUAAGAUGUGAUGUUUUACGUCAACAUAUUGCUACAUGUGAUGAACGAUUAGAUGAAGCUAUUAAAGAAGCACCUGUUGGAUUUACAGAUGAUAUGCAAACAUCAACUCAUGAAAGACAAUAUCAAAAUCCAGAUUCAAAUGUUAUUCGACUUGAAAAUGAACUUUUAGCAUUACGUGAACAAUAUAGUGAUUUAGCUGAAUAUUCGAAUACCCUUAAAUAUGAAUUAGAUAGUGCAAGAAAACAAUUACAUGAACGAUCUUUAUUAGAACGAGAUUCGUAUGAUUCAAGUCUGAUUGGAAAUGAUACAAGUGAAUUAGAACAUGAACGUCAACGUUCUGCUCAACUUGAAAAUGAAUUAAUAUCACUUAAAAUAAAAUAUGAAGAUGUAUGUGAACGUGUUACAGCUGCAACAAUUCAACUUGAACGUGUUCAAGUUGUACUCGAACAAACAUUACGUCGUUGUGAACAACUUGAAAAAGAAAAGCUACGCAAGAAAUUGUCGGAAAUUAAUGCACAAUCCGAAUAUCUUUCACAAAAUGUUGCAAGUGUGACAGCAAAAUAUAAAGACAAAAUGAAUACAAUUAAAUCACGUUUAGAACACACAGAUCGUGAAAGACGUGAAGCACAAAUUCGUACAGAACAAUUACAAAAUGAAAUUGAACGACUUAAAAAUGAAUUAACACAUAAAAAAGAGAUGAUUUAUGAAAAAGACAAACUUAUUCAAGAUGCACAAUAUAAAAGUCGAGAAAUAAUUUUUGAACGACAAUCAGUUGAAGAUAGAAUAUCAAAUGAAUAUAAACGAUUAAAUGAACUUGUUGAUAAAAAUCGUCUUCUUGAAGAAGAAUUAGAACGUAUGCGACGUAGUCAGAUACUCGAAAAUAUUACUGUUAGACGAACCGAUGUUAUAAAUCUUGAUGCGGGUAUAGUUGAUUCAUCAAAUCGUAUUGAAGAAUUACGAUCAAAAAUCAAUGAAUUUGAACGAAGAUUUAGUUCUGAAAAAGCUUCGAAAGAAUCAUUACAAGUUCAAAUAAAAAUACUCGAAGAAGAAAAUGCUGAUCUUCGAGAUAUCAUGAGUCAGAUGCGAAAGAGAUCACAAGAUGAUCGACGAACAGAUCGAGAUCGUAAUGACGAAAUUCAACAAUUGAUUGCUCGUGCUGAAUCAAAUGCACGUCAAUAUAUGUCAAAUUUUAAUAUAGCAACAACAUCACCUACAUCGACUUUAGUGAGGAUAAUUCCAAUAUCCUCUCCAACAAAAAUUUCAUGA